AUGGACGCGAUUGAUGAAUCAUUGAAGAAGACAACGGACAAUGUGGAAGAAAGUAUUCAGACGAUUUCAGGCCUGACAAACAAAGUGCAAGAGCUGCAGAGUGAAAUAGAACCACUCAAAUCAGUAGAAGUCAUGAGCAGUGGAAUAUACACGAGAUGGGGUCGGCGGUCAUGCCCUGGAACCACGGAACUGGUGUACGAAGGGUUUGCUGGUGGCGGAAAAUUCAAUGAUAAAGGAGCGAGUAGUAACUACAUUUGUCUGCCAAAGGACCCAAUCUUUGAUUGCGAUGGACGAAAAUCGAGUUCCGUAAGCACGGUUUAUGGUGCAGAGUAUGAAACCGUGUAUGCAACGUUUCACACGAAUUUAUACGAAGAAGACGUUCCAUGUGCUGUAUGCCGCGUUGUAGGAAGAAGCGUUGUCAUGAUCCCAGCAAGGAAUGUCUGUUAUAGCGGAUGGCACACCGAGUACUCUGGCUACUUGAUGUCGUCUUAUUACGGCCAUGAAGGGAACAAGGAACUCGUUUGCAUGGACGGUAACCCUGAAAAGGCUGAAGGAAGUGAUAGUAGUAACCCUAAUGGUGCCCUGUUUUACUUUGCUCAAGCUAUAUGUGGCUCGUUGAAGUGUCCUCCAUAUAGCGAGAACAAGGCGUUAACAUGUGUGGUGUGUUCUAAAUAG